AUGGAGUCUUGCUCUGUCACCAGGCUGGAGUACUGUGGUGCAAUCUAAGCUCACUGCAGCCUCCACCUCCUGGGUUCAAGCGAUCCUGCCUCAGCCUCCCAAAUAGCUGGGACUACAGAUGCCAUGUGGAAUGAACAGGAGGAAAAGGCUGAACUUUUUACAGAUAAGUUUUGUCAAGUAUGUGGAGUGAUGCUACAGUUUGAAUCACAAAGAAUUUCACAUUAUGAGGGUGAAAAACAUGCUCAAAAUGUUAGUUUUUAUUUUCAAAUGCAUGGGGAACAAAAUGAAGUGCCUGGUAAGAAAAUGAAGAUGCAUGUUGAGAAUUUUCAGGUGCAUGGGUAUGAAGGAGUCGACAAAAAUAAAUUUUGUGAUCUCUGCAACAUGAUGUUUAGCUCUCCAUUUAUUGCUCAGUCUCACUAUGUGGGAAAGGUCCAUGCUAAAAAACUGAAGCAAUUAAUGGAGGAACAUGAUCAGACAUCUCCAUCAGGAUUUCAACCAGAGAUGGCAUUUAGUAUGAGAACAUAUGUUUGCCAUAUUUGUAGUAUUGCUUUUACAUCUUUAGAUAUGUUCCGGUCCCAUAUGCAAGGAAGUGAACAUCAAAUUAAAGAAUCCAUUGUUAUCAAUCUAGUGAAGAAUUCAAGGAAGACACAAGACUCUUACCAAAAUGAGUGUGCAGAUUACAUCAAUAUGCAGAAAGCCAGAGGACUAGAGCCCAAGACUUGUUUCAGAAAGAUGGAAGAGAGUUCUUUGGAAACCCACAGAUACAGAGAAGUGGUCGAUUCCAGACCCAGACAUAGAAUAUUUGAACAAAGACUCCCAUUUGAGACUUUCCGAACAUACCCAGCACCAUACAAUAUUUCACAAGCAGUGGAAAAGCAGUUACCUCAUUCAAAGAAGACAUAUGACUCUUUCCAAGAUGAACUUGAAGAGUACAUCAAAGUACAGAAAGCCAGAGGACUAGAUCCAAAGACUUGUUUCAGAAAGGUGAGAGAGAACUCUGUGGAUACUCGUGGGUACAGAGAAAUGGUUGAUUCUGGACCCAGAUCCAGAAUGUGCGAGCAAAGAUUUUCACAUGAGGCUUCCCAGACCUACCAACGACCAUACUAUAUUUCACCAGUGGAAAGCCAAUUACCUCAGUGGUUACCAACCCAUUCAAAAAGGACAUAUGAUUCUUUCCAAGAUGAACUUGAAGAUUACAUUAAAGUGCAGAAAGCCAGAGGACUAGAGCCAAAAACUUGUUUCAGAAAGAUAGGAGAUAGCUCUGUAGAAAUACAUAAGAACAGAGAAAUGGUUGAUGUCAGACCCAGACACAGAAUGUUGGAGCAAAAGCUCCCAUGUGAGACUUUCCAGACCUAUUCAGGACCAUACAGUAUUUCACAAGUAGUGGAAAACCAGUUACCUCAUUGCUUACCAGCUCAUGACAGCAAACAGAGACUAGAUUCUGUUAGCUACUGGCAACUCACCAGAGACUGUUUCCCAGAAAAACCAGUACCCUUGAGCCUUAAUCAGCAAGAAAAUAACUCUGGCUCAUACAGUGUAGAAUCUGAAGUUUACAGGCACCUCUCCUCAGAAAACAAUACUACUGACCAUCAAGCAGGUCAUAAACGGAAACAUCAGAAGAGAAAACGACACCUGGAAGAAGGCAAAGAAAGGCCAGAGAAAGAGCUGUCCAAACAUAAAAGGAAAAAGAGUUAUGAAGAUACAGAGUUAGACAAAGACAAGAGCAUCAGACAAAGGAAAAGAGAGGGGGAUAGAGUCAGGGUCAGUUCAGGAAAACUUAAGCAUCGAAAAAAGAAAAAAAGCCAUAGUGUACCCUCUGAGAAAGAAGAACGUAAGCACAGGAAAGAGAAAAAGAAAUCUGUUGAAGAAAGGACAGAAGAGGAAAUGCUUUGGGAUGAGUCUAUUCUUGGAUUUUGAAUAUUUAGCUUUGUUUACCCAAGGUUGAAUUGAAAAAAAAAAAAAAACAAUAUGGAUUUAGAAAAAGGAACAUCCAAUGAAGGAAAGGAGAGGUAGAUACAGUCAGUGUCACUUCAGGACACUUAGUUUUUGUAUAAAAUUUUAAAUUGAAUUAAAAGGAGGAAAAAAAGCCUAAACUUAACCUCUGAGAAAGAACAUAAGAACUCAAGGAGAACAUAAGAGAAAAGGUAACCUGUUAAAGAAAAGACAAGAAUCUGUGUUUUGGAAUGAGUCUACUCUUGGGUAUUGAACUUUUAGUUUUGUUUGCCCAAGGAUUAAUUGAGGAAAUCAGCUAAGAAACUGGACUUAGACAAAAGCAAGAAGAUCAGAUGAAGAAAAGGAGAGGUGGACACGUCAGUGUCACUUCAGGAAAGCUAUUUAAGAAAACUUGAAAUUUAAUUGAAGAAACAACAACAACAACAAAAAGCCUAAACCUAGCCUCUGAACAACACUAACAUGAGAACACAAGAACUUAAGAGAAAAAGAAACCUACUCAAGACAGAAGAGACAGUGAUUUGGGAUGAAUCUACUGUAGGAUUUUCAACUUUUUAGUUUUGGUCCUUCAAAGUUGAAGAAAAAAAAAAGUUUGGUUUUAUAAAAUUCAUGUUAUUGGAAUUUUUCUAGGUGGAUGGCUACUUUAAAUCUCUAAAAAAGCCAAGUGAAGUAAAAGUAUUCAAUAUGCCUUUUCCUCAAGUUACUUUCCUUCAUUUUCUUAAAAAAGAAAAAACAUUAUUAAAUGUUUCUCACAUAUCUCACAUAUAAUGUAAUUUCCCUAAAUGAAGUUGUCUCUACUUCUGCUCGUCAAAUUGCUGUGAUAGUGAAUUAUUUACUCAUGAGAGAUAAUUUAUUUUAAAGGACAGAAUUACCAAGCAUUACAAAAUCAAUUCUUUGCUUGGUUUUGUGUUAGUGUUGGUGGUAUUUUAUUGUUGUUUUUCUGUGUUUAUGUGUCUCAGCUUUCUCCAAGGAAUAUGUAUGAAAUAACUUAAAACUGAUUUUUUCUUUGUUAAAUCUAAUUUGCAGUGUAUUUUUGCAUUUUCUAGUUCUGAAAGUGGAAAAAUGAAACAGUCUAUAAUAAACUUAGAUGAUAUAUAGUUUUAAAAAGCUCUCAAAAAGUACUGAUAUAAAAAGUCAGUCUAUAUUCUGGAAAUGUUUAUAUUAAAGUGUUUUAAUUUC